UUUCAGAACAUGAGACAUACAAAGUCUCAUUAAAUGUUAGGUCUAUCCUAUACCUCAUCUGUGCCCUGGGAAUUUGGUUCAGAAGCGAACGAAUCAGUAUUUGGUGCAUUAUGCAUCAUAAGCAAAGAUAUCAAAAUGAAAGUAACCUCGUGAUAUCGUUUACGAAAAUCUGGUAAACUGCAUUUAUAACGUGGCUCGCUUCUCGAAGCACGACGCUAGUUCGACAUUUAACAUCAUGCUAUUGUUUUAACCAUAUCGAAAAAACGAAGCUGGAAGGGUGAUCAAAUUUUUGUUUAUUGCUUAUUAGCUGGGAAACUACCCAAAUUCUAUCGAGUUUCGAUCGAGUUUCUUAAUCGUACGUCAGAAAUCUUCACAUCCAUCAUACAGUGAGUGUCAAUGCUGUUUGUACUAUCACUUUCUCAUGCCUAUGAAUUGUCGAAUUCCUUGAACAUACUUUUACACGAUCCAUUGUUAAGAUAAAUGUGCAAGAGACGAAAAUAAUGUUUAGGAGUCAUAUCAUUUAUUUGGGAUUUGAGAAGAUCAGGAGGCCUGGUGCGGGCACAUUCAAGAGCUGUGGUGGUUGGUGAAUGGUGUUGCAGAUAGACUCGGUGUGGGGUUGGGCGUCACCCCCGCUGCGCCUCCAACUAGGGGGGUCUAGGGGCGCCUCGGGGAGAGUGGCCGCGGGCGCCCCAUCCUCGCAGAGGAUGGGUGAAAUGGUCGUAGAACGCGCACCUUCCCCAGCCCGCCUCAGUCAUACAUCAGAAAAACAUCCUCGUGCUACACUCACGGAACUCAAUGUUCUUCGACGCCAUCGAGAAUUGUGCGACGUUGUCCUCAAUGUCGGCUCUAGAAAGAUAUUUGCACAUCGUGUUAUUUUAUCGGCGUGUAGUCCGUACUUCCGAGCGAUGUUUACUGGGGAGCUGGCGGAAUCUCGACAAACUGAAGUUACAAUACGUGACAUAGAUGAAAUGGCAAUGGAAUUAUUGAUAGACUUCUGUUAUACUUCUCAUAUUAUAGUCGAAGAAGCAAACGUUCAAACUCUCCUUCCAGCAGCGUGCCUUCUCCAGCUAGCAGAGAUUCAAGAUAUAUGUUGCGAGUUUCUCAAACGUCAACUAGAUCCAUCUAAUUGUCUAGGUAUACGAGCGUUUGCAGAUACUCAUUCUUGUCGUGAACUUUUACGGAUCGCAGACAAGUUCACUCAACAUAAUUUUCAAGAAGUAAUGGAAAGCGAAGAAUUUCUUUUAUUACCUGUUGGCCAAUUAGUAGAUAUUAUUUCUUCGGACGAAUUAAAUGUUCGAACGGAAGAACAGGUAUUUAGUGCAGUUAUGAAUUGGGUCAAAUACAACGUUACAGAAAGAAGACAACAUUUGGCGCAAGUUCUUCAGCAUGUACGAUUACCCCUUCUUAGCCCAAAAUUUUUAGUUGGAACCGUAGGCUCUGAUCUUUUAGUUAGAUCUGAUGAUGCAUGUAGAGAUUUAGUAGAUGAAGCGAAAAAUUAUUUGCUGCUUCCUCAAGAAAGGCCGUUGAUGCAAGGACCUAGAACACGACCUAGGAAACCAACCAGACGCGGUGAAGUUCUAUUCGCUGUCGGAGGUUGGUGUUCUGGUGAUGCAAUCGCAAGCGUGGAAAGAUUUGAUCCUAAUACUGCGGAUUGGAAGAUGGUUGCACCAAUGAGUAAACGAAGAUGUGGUGUCGGAGUUGCUGUAUUGAACGAUUUGUUGUACGCGGUAGGCGGUCACGAUGGACAAAGCUAUUUAAACAGCAUCGAACGAUACGAUCCACAAACGAAUCAGUGGUCUUGUGAUGUUGCACCUACCACGUCAUGUCGAACUAGUGUAGGAGUUGCUGUAUUAGAUGGUUUUCUUUACGCGGUAGGUGGUCAGGAUGGCGUCCAAUGUUUAAAUCAUGUUGAAAGAUAUGAUCCUAAGGAAAAUAAAUGGUCCAAAGUAUCACCAAUGACCACUAGAAGACUUGGAGUAGCUGUUGCUGUAUUAGGCGGUUAUUUAUAUGCCAUUGGCGGGUCUGAUGGUCAAUCACCAUUAAAUACAGUAGAAAGAUAUGAUCCAAGACAAAAUAAAUGGUCUCAAGUUUCGCCUAUGUCUACAAGACGUAAGCAUUUAGGCUGUGCCGUAUUUAAUAAUCUAAUUUAUGCCGUUGGUGGACGAGAUGAUUGCAUGGAACUUUCGAGCGCAGAACGGUAUAAUCCUCAUACAAAUUCUUGGAGUCCAAUAGUUGCUAUGACAUCAAGAAGAAGUGGAGUAGGUUUAGCAGUAGUGAAUGGUUUACUGUAUGCAGUGGGUGGAUUUGAUGGAACUGCCUAUUUAAAAACAAUUGAAGUGUAUGAUUCGGAACAAAAUCAAUGGAAAUUGUGUGGUUGUAUGAAUUAUAGAAGACUCGGUGGAGGUGUGGGAGUAAUGCGGGCCCCCCAAACCGAGAAUUACAUUUGGUAGCUCAGGCCCCCCUCUUCAGCCCAAAUGGCUGAAACUCCUUUAACUCCUCUUACACCAAUAACUCCUGUUACACCUGUAACUCCUCCCGCUCCUGUAUCGGUUCCUGUUGUUAUAACUAAUACUAGAAAACGCUACCGCCGAUCGAUGAGCAUUAUAUAAGUAAUAUAUACGUUCUACAAGACUUUGCCUUUCUAAAGAUAAAGUCGUUUUUAACAUAAAUUAUUUUAAAUUUUUUCAUUAGUUUUGUUUAACUCAUAAUUCAUUUAAAAUCAAUCAUUUUUAUUCAAAUGUAAACCAAUCAUACUAAAUAUGGAUGUAUAUUUUCCUCUAUAUGUAAAAAAUUUAUUCUUAUAAUGUUUAUAUUACAAUUUCAUUGUGUUUCUUACAUAAGAUUUUGUAAGAUAUAUUUCUCUUAUAUAUUGUUUAUAUUUGUUUUAUAUAUAUAUAUAUAAAACUACUAAUUCCAGUUGCUCUAGAUUUAAGUAUUAUAAUUUCUUUUCUUUUUUAUGUAAUGUAACUGUAUAUGUUGUAAACAUUUAAGACAAAAGAAACAGAAAGGCAAAAUCUCCUUGAAACAUAUUCUUGGAUACAAUAUUCAUUACAAUGGAAUGCUUGCAGUUUCCAUAUAUUCAGUCAUUUAAGAAAAUAAAUUUUUAAAGUCUAUAUUGACAUCAAAACUUCGUUAUGGAGGACUGCUUGUGCAGCCAUUGAUAAAAACAAAAAUAAAGAGUUAAUCAAAAAAAUUGUUUUUGUCUCGAUAGUAUACUUUCUAUAUAUAUCGUAUUUUUAUCAAUAAGACUGAAAUGAAACCAAAAGUUUAUGUAAAAUUAAUAAAUGAAACAAAUGUUUCAGGCUCUAAACACAUUUUUGUUUUAAGAUAAUGUAUGAAACAUACAUAAGUUAUAACAUGAUUAUUAUAAUGCACAUUACAGUCAUUAACGUUACAUUUUUUAAUCUUUUUAUAUUUUUACAAAAAACAAAACAGAUCUAAAUGAGUUAACAUUUUAUUUGAAGCGAUAAAAAAGUUCUCUUAUUGUACAAAUGGUAAUAGGGAUCAUUAUAUCCAACAAUUUCAUAAUGUAACUAUUGUGAUAAUAAUCUAAUAAGAGUCAGAAAAUUUGACUGAUUAUGAGCAAUAUUUUAAUAAUAUAUAACAAAAUAUUGUUUUGUAAUUAUUUAAAUAGAAAAUUAUAUGAAAGCUGUGAAAAUUUUUGUCGAUCAAUUACGAAAUUAAAAGUUUAUAAAUCAGUAGUCAUGUUACAUCUAUGAGAUUGUUGAAAAAGCAAAACAUGUCUAGAAUAAGAAUAUAUUGACGAUAUGAUGUAAUUAUCUUUAAAGAACUUAUUACAAAAUAUCAUUAUUAGACAACUGUACAACUUUUCGAUAUUGUAUCGUAAUUUUCUUCAAUGGAAUAAUUCGUUUUAAUUUAGAUGAUACGCGAAAAAUUUCUAUUUCUUUACAAACAUAAUAAAUUUAUGAAUUUUAUACAAUAUAUAUGAAACAAUUAAGUUGAAUUAGAAUAAUCCAAUUACAGAUUUAAAAUGGUACAAAUUAUUGUAAUUACUAAACAGAGUUCAAAUAAGUGUUCAAAAUCAGAUUUAAUUUACAAGUAGUUAAUAUGAAAUGUUACUAUAAAAUAUCAAUACUUUAAUUUUAAAUAAAAUUUUAUUUAAACUCAUAUUAGAUAGGAGAGAAAUAUUGUUAUAUAAGAAGCCAUUUAAAUUUUUUUCAUGUAUAUAUUUUUCAUAUAAUGAAUUUUAUUAUAACUCUAAUUUUAUAACCAAUUGAUAUUUGUUAACGAAAUAUAAUGAAAUCUCAGUUAUUGAA